AUGGCUUCUGAUCCCUACCUCCGGGUUAAUUAUCCACCCAAUCCCAGUCCCAUGUGUUCCAGUGCGAAUAUGGGCAUUAAUUCCACCAGCUCUGCCACGAACGACUCACAGUCCGCUGCAGCGUUGCAAAACUCUUCCGACACUCUAAACUCAGACCAUCAUCAUCAACAACAACAACAAGCAAAACAGCGUCCCGUCCCAUCGCCCUACACUAUUCCCGGCACUCCACACUCAGCAGAGCCAACUAACGUACAGUAUCACUUACGCCAGCAUCCAUCACCCUAUCAAGCACCGCAGCAAUCACCAAUGGCAGCCAACCCUGUGCCUGUGUCGACGGUGGUGGGUGGACCGUAUCAUCCCCCGUCCACGCUGCCUUACCCCAUGCCGGAAAUGAGUCGUUACCAAAACACGGGCUCUCCGCUAAAUGCAUUGCGCCCGUCUGCUCCGACGGUCGCCUCCGGUCGAGUUAUGGGAGAAGAGCGAGCACUCCUCUGGGAGGGCCAACUGAAUGUGCGCGGUCAGAUGCUCGCUUACGUGCAGAUUUUCUUCGAGGUCACAGCUCCGUAG